CUCAUCAGUACCUAUUCUGGGUUCUGUCCGUUAUUUUGAUUUCUCCUCCCUUGUUGAUCUUCACUGAUCCCCGAUCUUUCUCUUUCCCUUUUUUUUUUGUUUUUGCCCAUUAUCUUCUCUUUCAGUCGCUUAAAAAUGAGACCUGCAAAACACUCCGCGCAGGUGAGCUCAUCAAGAACAACAGGCAGCGACCGCAGCAGCAUCACGAUUAUUCCACAAGGCCCAGAUGAGCUGAAUAAACAAGCCUCCAACGCAAACAACAGUCAACAAGAGCAACAUGAUCUUGAGAAACAAGAUUCCCGCGAGAUGUCAAUGCCCACCCAAGUCACAUUCCCCGAAAGCGACCUCAGCCAAGGGAUUGUAGGAUGGGACAGUCAGGAUGACCCAAGUAAUCCCCAGAAUUUUCCUGCUAGGAAAAAAUGGGGGCUACUGGCUUUGAUAAGCGCAUUUACUUUGAUAUCACCUCUCGCAUCAAGCAUGUUUUCGCCAGCUAUUAGUUACAUGGCGGCGGACUUCGGUGAAACAAACGAGACAAUUUUAUCUUUCACCGUUAGUGUUUAUUUGAUGGGAUAUACAUUUGGUCCAUGCAUUCUCGCCCCUUUAAGCGAGAUCUACGGCCGUCGAGUUACCCUUAGUGGUGCAAACUGGUUCUUUGUCGUAUGGCAGGUUGGUUGUGCCCUGGCCCAAAAUAUCGAAACAGAGAUUGUUUGUCGAUUUUUUGCUGGAAUUGGAGGGUCCGGUUGCAUUACCCUGGGUGCGGGUGUUAUCGCAGACCUUUUCCCGGUUGAGCAACGAGGAAAGGCCACUGCCGUCUGGGGCCUUGGUCCACUCAUUGGGCCGGUGGCUGGCCCAAUUGCCGGAGGAUUUAUAGGGGAGAACGUGGGGUGGCGAUGGACAUUCUGGACCUUGUUGAUAGCCGGCGGGACUGUGGCCCUGGGCAUCGAGUUUUUGAACAAGGAGACCUUUGCCCCGGUCCUGAUAAAGUGGAAAACGACCAAGCUCGCGCAGGAGACAGGGCGCGCUGACCUACGGAGUGCAUACGAUCUGGAGCGUGAAUCGCUGUCUGUGGGUCAGGCUUUGAAACUCGGCCUGAAGCGUCCAGUUCUUCUCCUCGUCAAAUCACCAAUCGUAUUUCUUCUCUCUGUCUACAUGGCUUUUAUUUACGGACUUCUGUACCUUUUCUUCACAACAAUCUCGUCUGUCUUUACCAGUAACUACGGGUUUUCUACUGGCCUGUCGGGGCUGGCCUACCUUGGGAUUGGCAUAGGCUUCAUAGUCGGUAUCUGUUUCAUGGCUGUAACAAAUGACAGAAUGCUGGUUAAGCUAACCGCGCGCGCUGGGGGCAAAUUCGAACCUGAAAUGCGGCUUCCUUUGAUGAUAAUAUUCUCAAGCAUUCUCCCCAUCAGUUUCUUCUGGUAUGGGUGGUCAGCAGACAAGCACGUCCACUGGAUUGUGCCUAUUAUCGGAAUGUUCCCUUUUGGAGUUGGCAUGAUCGGCGUUUAUAUGCCAAUUCAGACCUAUAUCAUUGAUUGCUACCCCAAGUACGCAGCUUCGGCAAACGCCACUAUGACUGCUACACGGUCUCUUGUUGGUGCGCUUCUUCCACUAGCAGGGCCUACCAUGUUUCGAUCGCUGGGUUUGGGGUGGGGUAACUCCCUUCUUGGCUUCCUUGCGUUGGCCUUCGUACCGGUCCCAAUUCUCUUCACGCGAUAUGGCAAGGUUCUCCGGGAUAAGUGGCCGGUCACUUUGGAAGGGAAGAAGACUUAA